UAGAGUGCGCAUCGCGAGUCUUUGUAGGAGUUGCAUCACUACACGUGAAGUUGGUCUUUGGAUUUCCGGUUCGUUUCUUCACCGAAAUUAGACUAAAUCGAAGGAAUAAACGAAAAUGUUGGCUGCUACAAGAUUGUUUAGCAGAAGCUGUAACGGCGUUGGCUGUGAUAUUGUCAGGAAACAGCAGUUCAGUACGAUAAUUAAAAAUGCUGCAGCUCCUGGAAUUGCCCUGCCUCAACGUUACACAGAUUUACAACAAUAUCGUUACAAAUCCGAAGGUGUCAAAGGAGCAGUUAUUGGUAUUGAUCUUGGUACAACAUUUUCUUGUGUAGCAGUAAUGGAAGGUAAACAGCCAAAGGUUAUUGAGAAUUCUGAAGGUUCACGAACAACGCCAUCUUAUAUUGCAUUCACCAAAGAUGGAGAACGUUUAGUGGGUAUGCCUGCCAAACGUCAAGCAGUUACAAACUCUUCUAAUACAUUUUAUGCAACUAAACGACUCAUUGGGAGAAAAUUCGAUGAUGCAGAAGUGAAAAAAGACAUGAAAACAGUGUCUUAUAAAAUCGUGAAAGCAUCUAAUGGAGAUGCAUGGGUACAAGGAGGAGAUGGAAAGAUGUACUCCCCUAGUCAAAUUGGUGCUUUUGUACUUAUGAAAAUGAAAGAAACUGCAGAGGCUUAUCUUAGCACACCAGUUAAAAAUGCUGUCAUCACUGUGCCUGCGUAUUUCAAUGAUUCACAAAGACAGGCUACAAAGGAUGCAGGUCAAAUCGCUGGAUUAAAUGUGCUUAGAGUAAUCAAUGAGCCUACUGCAGCUGCACUUGCAUAUGGUAUGGAUAAAACAGAUGAUAAAAUUAUUGCAGUAUAUGACUUAGGUGGUGGUACUUUUGAUAUUUCGAUCUUAGAAAUUCAAAAAGGUGUUUUUGAAGUAAAAUCAACUAAUGGAGAUACAUUUUUGGGAGGUGAAGAUUUUGAUAAUGCAUUAGUUAAUUACUUGGCGACUGAAUUUAAAAAAGAUCAAGGUAUAGAUGUGGCCAAAGAUGCUAUGGCUAUGCAACGAUUAAAGGAAGCAGCUGAAAAAGCAAAAAUUGAAUUAUCAAGUUCUUUACAAACCGAUAUAAAUCUACCAUAUUUAACCAUGGAUUCAAGUGGACCUAAACACUUGAAUCUUAAACUUACAAGAAGCAAAUUUGAAAGCCUUGUAAAUGAUCUCAUUAAACGUACUGUACAACCAUGUCAAAAAGCUCUUUCUGACGCUGAAGUAUCAAAAUCUGACAUCGGUGAAGUACUUUUGGUUGGAGGGAUGACCAGGGUACCUAAGGUUCAACAAACAGUUCAAGAAAUAUUCGGUCGACAACCUUCGAAAGCUGUUAAUCCUGAUGAAGCUGUAGCUGUUGGAGCUGGUGUUCAGGGUGGUGUACUUGCUGGAGAUGUUACUGAUGUUCUUCUUCUCGAUGUUACGCCUCUUUCAUUGGGUAUCGAAACACUUGGGGGCGUUUUCACAAAAUUAAUAUCGCGGAACACAACUAUUCCUACGAAAAAAAGUCAAGUAUUUUCCACAGCAGCAGAUGGUCAAACUCAAGUAGAAAUUAAGGUUCAUCAAGGCGAACGAGAAAUGGCUUCUGACAACAAACUUUUAGGGCAAUUCACAUUAGUGGGAAUACCUCCCGCUCCGAGAGGAGUUCCACAAAUUGAAGUAACGUUUGAUAUUGAUGCGAAUGGUAUCGUUCAUGUAUCUGCUAGAGAUAAGGGCACUGGCAAGGAACAACAAAUUGUAAUUCAGUCCAGUGGUGGUCUCAGCAAAGACGAAAUUGAAAACAUGGUAAAGAAUGCGGAACAAUAUGCUAAAGCAGAUAAGAUAAAAAAAGAUAGAGUAGAAGCUGUUAAUCAAGCCGAAGGAAUUAUACACGAUACGGAAUCUAAAUUAGAAGAAUUCAAGGCACAACUUCCACAAGAAGAGUGCGAUAAGCUGAAAGAAUUGGUUGCCAAGACGAGAGACACAUUAGCCAAAAAAGAUGAUAUGGAUCCUGAGGACAUUAAGAAGCAAACCAAUGAAUUGCAACAAGCAAGUUUGAAAUUGUUCGAAAUGGCAUAUAAAAAAAUGGCGGCAGAAAGAGAAAGCAGCAGCGGUAGUAGUAACCAAAGUCAACAAGAACCUCAAGAGAAGAAAGAGGAGAAAAACUAAUGUUAAAAUGAAUUCUCCGAUCGCUGGAUCGUACGUAAAUCCAUUAACUCCAUUUCCGAUGGAAAGAACGAUCAUAGUGGCCGAACCAUAAAGUGCAUAACCAGCAGCAACUACAUUUCGGCCUGACUGAAGAGCGUUAGAAACAUUGGAACUAUUGACCUUAUCCAAUUUUUUGUAAAUUCCAAAUAUUGAUCCGACUGACACUAAACAAUCGAUAUUCGAGGAACCAUCCAAAGGGUCGAAGCACACGAUGUAUUUACCCUGUUUUUCUGUUUCCACCUCGAUCAUAUUUUUAUUUUCUUCACUGACGAGGAGACAAGUUGUGAACGAAGACAUUAACAUGUUAAUAAAGAGUUCGUUACUUAAAA